AUGAGGGGCCCUGAUGCCCUAAUGGCAAGACUACGAGCUUCCAGUCGUUCCAGCCUAUCAUUGAUUUUCCCCAUGGAGGACACUAGUGAGGCGAUCAUUGUGUGGAGGUUGGAGUCAUUUGAGCUACUCGUGCCCUCCCCUGCAUCUGUAUUGUCGAUGAGCCUGAACAGCUCUGCUUUCCUGGCAUUAGCUGGGAAAGGGAUGCUGCACCUGCAUAGCUUAGCUGUGAUGUGAGGCAUAGUCCAUUACCUGAUAGACGCUAGCCGGAGUGCUGGGGACUGAGCUAUCGUCUCCGUCAUCGGGAACCUGGGACCUACUGAAAUAUAGUAAUAAUAUUGCUUAGAACUAAGGGAUGUAUACUGGCGGGCUAGCUAGUGCCAAGUGGAAAAAAAAAUCAUUAGGGUAGUGACCAUUGAGACUGUACAAGUUGCCAAGCGGCUUGAGAGGCUCUACCUAAGAGUUGGCGUGAUGGGUAUUAUGCCACCUAACUUUGUGGCAGGGUGUUGACCUCUCGGUGAUCAUUAGAGCCAAAAGAUAGUGAGGCCCUUUCUUUGCAACAAGCGAGGCUGAUAGCUAUGUUUUGACACAUGGGGCGUAUUACCUCUUGCUUGGAGGAUGGGUGUUGGCCUCACAGGACCACUCCAUCUAUGGCGGAGAGUGCCCAAAAAUACCUAGAUGGCCCCUACUACCUUUAUAAGCCAGCAACCUUAUUGUUAACCAUGGGCAAUGGAGUGGACGUACCUGUUGGUCAAGUGUAUGCUUGAAUAUUUGCCCACUGGUAGUCUGAGAUCCCCACUAAUGAGGCAGGCCUAAACCAAAUGGUGAACAAUAGGAAGGAGGUAAAUAUAUAUGUAUUAAAAUAAAAUGUCAUACUGAAAGAAAGCAAGCGUAUAUUGACCUAAAAAGUACGACCUACCCACCUAUGUCUUAGGACUGCGUUUUGAAGAGCCAAGCUUGUCUUAGUUUGGGUACCUUGUAACUUGUAAAACAUGACACAUAGCGUGAGUCUGUGGUUCAGUAAGAGCAUAAAACAGUACAGUCUGACCCUUGCGUCAAUAUUGAGAUUACGUGCAUAGUGAAAGGGUUAACGUAACUUGCCCAACUGAUUGCGAAACAGACCUUUAACUGAGCAGCCGAAGUUAUAUACAAUAUAUGAUAAACAAUUGUAGACCUUAACUGUAACAUAAGCAUCUGGCUUAUAACCCUGCCCCUGUACCUAGCACCUGCAAUACCAGGUACUGGACUUGAGGGCCACCAGCAGUUUGUGGGAACUCUCGUAUGUGCCCUGGUGACAUGGGACCGUGGGAACCACAAUGAGUGCCUAUUAUUGUUAUUAUUAUUGCCAUUUAUAUAGCGCCAACAGAUUCCGUAGCGCUUUACAAUAUUAUGAGAGGGGGAUUUACCUAUAAAUAGGACAAUUACAAAAAACUUACGGGAACAAUAGGUUGAAGAGGACCCUGCUCAAUCAAACUUACAUUCUGUAGGAGGUGGGGUGUAAAACACAUUAGGACAGGAAUUCGGCCAUGAGGGGCCCUGAUGCCCUAAUGGCAAGACUACGAGCUUCCAGUCGUUCCAGCCUAUCAUUGAUUUUCCCCAUGGAGGACACUAGUGAGGCGAUCAUUGUGUGGAGGUUGGAGUCAUUUGAGCUACUCGUGCCCUCCCCUGCAUCUGUAUUGUCGAUGAGCCUGAACAGCUCUGCUUUCCUGGCAUUAGCUGGGAAAGGGAUGCUGCACCUGCAUAGCUUAGCUGUGAUGUGAGGCAUAGUCCAUUACCUGAUAGACGCUAGCCGGAGUGCUGGGGACUGAGCUAUCGUCUCCGUCAUCGGGAACCUGGGACCUACUGAAAUAUAGUAAUAAUAUUGCUUAGAACUAAGGGAUGUAUACUGGCGGGCUAGCUAGUGCCAAGUGGAAAAAAAAAUCAUUAGGGUAGUGACCAUUGAGACUGUACAAGUUGCCAAGCGGCUUGAGAGGCUCUACCUAAGAGUUGGCGUGAUGGGUAUUAUGCCACCUAACUUUGUGGCAGGGUGUUGACCUCUCGGUGAUCAUUAGAGCCAAAAGAGUAGUGAGGCCCUUUCUUUGCAACAAGCGAGGCUGAUAGCUAUGUUUUGACACAUGGGGCGUAUUACCUCUUGCUUGGAGGAUGGGUGUUGGCCUCACAGGACCACUCCAUCUAUGGCGGAGAGUGCCCAAAAAUACCUAGAUGGCCCCUACUACCUUUAUAAGCCAGCAACCUUAUUGUUAACCAUGGGCAAUGGAGUGGACGUACCUGUUGGUCAAGUGUAUGCUUGAAUAUUUGCCCACUGGUAGUCUGAGAUCCCCACUAAUGAGGCAGGCCUAAACCAAAUGGUGAACAAUAGGAAGGAGGUAAAUAUAUAUGUAUUAAAAUAAAAUGUCAUACUGAAAGAAAGCAAGCGUAUAUUGACCUAAAAAGUACGACCUACCCACCUAUGUCUUAGGACUGCGUUUUGAAGAGCCAAGCUUGUCUUAGUUUGGGUACCUUGUAACUUGUAAAACAUGACACAUAGCGUGAGUCUGUGGUUCAGUAAGAGCAUAAAACAGUACAGUCUGACCCUUGCGUCAAUAUUGAGAUUACGUGCAUAGUGAAAGGGUUAACGUAACUUGCCCAACUGAUUGCGAAACAGACCUUUAACUGAGCAGCCGAAGUUAUAUACAAUAUAUGAUAAACAAUUGUAGACCUUAACUGUAACAUAAGCAUCUGGCUUAUAACCCUGCCCCUGUACCUAGCACCUGCAAUACCAGGUACUGGACUUGAGGGCCACCAGCAGUUUGUGGGAACUCUCGUAUGUGCCCUGGUGACAUGGGACCGUGGGAACCACAAUGAGUGCCUAUUAUUGUUAUUAUUAUUGCCAUUUAUAUAGCGCCAACAGAUUCCGUAGCGCUUUACAAUAUUAUGAGAGGGGGAUUUACCUAUAAAUAGGACAAUUACAAAAAACUUACGGGAACAAUAGGUUGAAGAGGACCCUGCUCAAUCAAACUUACAUUCUGUAGGAGGUGGGGUGUAAAACACAUUAGGACAGGAAUUUGCAGUCAAAUAAGGUGGGCUGCCUCUUAGGAAAGAGCAAGAGACAGGUUUGUGAGGUAGAGGUUAGUCUUGGAGGCCAUAAGCUUUCCUAAAGAGAUAGGUUUUAAGGCACUUCUUAAAAGAUGCAAGACUAGCGGAGAGUCUGAUGGCGGUAGGCAGGCUAUUCCAUAGGAAGGGAGCCGCCCGCGAGUAGUCCUGCAAGCGUGAGUUGGCCGUACGGGUGCGGACAACGGACAGGAGGUGGUCACGGGCAGAGCGGAGAGAAGGGACAUAUCUGUGAGGAGAUAUAAGAGGGGCUAGAGUUGUUCAGUGUUCUAUAGGUGUGAAUUAGUACCUUGAAUUGACUCCUAUAGCAUACAGGAAGCCAAUGUAAGGACUGGCGGAGGGGUGACGUGUGAGAGAAAAGACUAGAGAGGAAAAUCAGUCUGGCAGCAGCGUUCAUUACAGACUGUAGCGCUGCAGUACGGCUUUUGGGAAGAUAAUCAGGAGAGGGUUACAAUAAUCCAUGCGGGAAAUUACUAGAGCAUGGACAAGCUCCUCAGUAGCAUCUUGCAAAUGAAAGGGGCGUAUGCGAGCUAUGUUUUUAAAAUGGAAUCUACAGGAUUUGACAACAUGCUGGAUGUGAGGCCAGAAUCAAGUAUGACGCCAAGACAGCGUGCUUACAAAGAUGGACUGAUGUGGGUACCACAAACUUGAAGGGAGAGCGAAAGAGGAGGAUCAGUAUUAGGAGGAGGAAAGACAAGGAGCUCAGUUUUAGAGAGAUUGAGUUUCAGAAAGCGGGAGGACAUCCAGUCAGAGAUGGAGGAAAGGCAAGCAACUGGCUCAGUUUCCUAGUAAAAGAACAUUGGUAGAAAGGUGAAAAUAAAAAGUAUAAUAUAAAUAAAUAAUAAAAGCAAUGAAGAACCAAUAGAUUAUACUUUUUAUUUUACCACAGAGGGACUCCUUCUCCUUGGUACCACUUGUUAGUGGAGAUAUGCUGAUUUAAUCUUCAUUUGAUGAUUGGGUGUUCCGAAUAUAUUCCUCUGGUCUACAUUGCAAGCUCACCUUGAAGGAAACGCUGUCCUAAAAACAGAUACCCUACAGAAGGGAGAUAAGCGCAAAUCUACAGUAUGGUUUUGUAAGUUCUCUACCUUCGGGAUUGAACUAUAUAUUUCUGUUCAUACUUCACUAUUAUGUGAUUUCUUUAUAUUUUAGAUCUUCUGAAGAAUUGUGUUUUAUUACAUACAGGUUGUAUGUUUCAUGAUAUUUGUUUGCUACCCCUUUAAUCUAUAUAUUCAGGGACACCUAUAUUUUUAUCACAUUUAUGAAACCGCAUGAAGAGAGUUGCCAUGCAGUAUGUAUAAUGCAUAUAUUCUGUAGGAAUCUUCAUAGAAUAUAAUCUUUCUGAAUUACUAAUUUUGACUGUGUUUGGAAUUUUCCUGAAAUAGGGACUACUUUGUCUCUGUGUAUAUUUCUUCCGCGUGACUUUCCUAGACUCAGGGCGGAAUUACAGGGUCAAAAUCCCUAGCCGUCACCAGUGACAACUGCAGGGAAUUGGCACUUUUUACGUUGCGGGGUCCUCCAUAGACCUCAAAUGCUGUACUCUCGCGCCAGCGCAAGUUUACAGAAGUGACGUUGGCUCGCUCCUGGAGCAGCUAAAGAGGAUCUGCCGGAACAAGAUGGUCACGCUUGCAAAGGAUUGGUUCAGGUAAGUACAUCUCACCGUUACCUGCUUCCCCCACCCCACCCCGCAGAGGCGAUGUUACUGUCUUUGCAGGGGCUUUGCGUGCAAAUUCAGUGCUGAUUUAAUCUUAUAUAAACUGUGUGCAUAUGUAUUUACACCCCCACUGUUCCUGUGCAUCAAGCUCAUCUGGUUAACCCAUCCAUGUGUACGGCACUGCGGGAAUGUGUUGGCGCUUUAUGAAUAAUAAUAAUAUGAAUGAGAGGGGGGUGUGCAUUGAGGAAACUGGCCUUGAAGCAGCAGGUGGGUAAUUCCAGCUCUAGCAAGGGCCAGGUUAGCCAUGAGCACAUUGUGCUGUCCUACAGUUAUAAUAGAAUUGGAAUGCCAAGCACUGACCAGCGUCUAUCAAUGUCAGAAAUAGAGAACUUCCACAGCGACGUAUUCUAUUUCUUCCACUAGGGGGCACUGAACCAAACUUUCUGCUUUCUGCGCCGCCGUUGCUCGUUUGUUCACGUCACCCUUCGGUUGUUUCCGUCUUCGCUCGGCUCUUGGACUCCCUUCGUUUCAUCAUGGCAGCUCCAGCGCUCAGCAUGUGAAAAGUGGCCAGGAGGAAACAGGACGCGGCCUGCACGAGUGCCGUGCAACGGACAGCGAGCGGCUCUGACUGGUGAGAACCUCUCUGAGCGUAUUAACACGCAGGGCAUGCUGGGCCGCAGGACGGUGUGCGAUAAUCCCAUCGGGUCACACGGCAACUAGUGGCUCUGUCUGUCUGUCUGUCUGCCUGCUGGCAGGUCUGUCUGUCUGUCCGUCCGUCCGCCCGUCCGCCCGGGCCUGCUCACGUGCACACUGUGCGCUCCCUGGAGCCCGGGGGACCGUGUACUCAGCGCUGUGUACAUUAUACACAGUUGUUAUUACUGGGUGCUGUGCAGAACUGUUAGUAUUUAUUGUGGGCGUGCUGGGUGGCAAUCCGCCCCCCCCUCAGUAGUGGGCUUGCAGGGUGGUAGCCCCCCCACUUGUAGGGUUAGUGUGCUUGCAGGGUUGCAGCCCCCCCUUGUAGGGUUAGUGGGCUUGCAGGGUUGCAGCCAUCCCCUUUAGGCUAGUGGGCUUGCAUGAUAGUAGCCCUUCCCAGGGCUAGUGAAUGUACAGGGUGGCAUCCCUCCCACCCUUGGACUAGUGGGUGUGCAGGGUGGCAGCCCCCUCUUAAGGCUAUUGGGCGUACAUGAUGGCAGCCCUCCACAGGGCUAGUGGAUGUGCAGGGUGGCACCCCCGCUUUAGAGCCAGUGGGCAUGCAGGAUGACAGCCCCGUUUUUAGGAAAGUUGGUGUGCUUGGUGUCAUCCCUCCCCAGGGCUAGUGAGCAUGCACGGUGGCAUCCCUCCCACCCAUAGUUUGUGAAAUUGCACUGGCAUCCUCCCCUCACUCUUCAGGAUUAGUGAACGUGCAGGAUAGUAUUUCAACCCAAGGGCUAGUGGACUGCAUAAUGACAGUUUCCUUUAGAGCUAGUGGACGUGCAGGGUGUCAAACCCCCCCAGGGUAAGUGGACGUGCUGGGUGACAGCCCCCCCGGUAGGGCUUGUGAGUAUGUACGGUUACAGACCCUCAGGGCUGUUAGGUCGUUCAGGGCUUGCAGUCUCCCACCCAGGGCAGAUGGGCAUACAGAGUGUUAGCCCACCACCUAGGGCUGGUGACGUAGAAGUUGAAACCCCCCAGGACUGUUGGACAUUCUGGGCAGCAACCCCAUGGGUCUGGUGGGCCUUUAGAGUUGAAGUCCUUUAACUUGGCAUGCUUUUAACUUAACCAUUAAAGGACAGUGGUUAGUCGAAGCCACUUUUAUGCAGAAAUUGAUGCUUAAGAAUUUUAUGUGGCUCUAGUUUGCUGAUGAACAUGUGAACACACUGAUGCUAUAAUCCGUUUUAGACAGACCUAUAUUCCCAGCUCAACUUACUAUUAAUUAAAAACAUUUUUGAAUAUGAAUUAUGUUGUAUUCAUAGUAAAUUUAAAAUUAGGCCAAAAUAUAAAUAGUGGCAAAAUUCUUCAAGUCAAUCAUGUUUCCAGUUAAGGUAUUCUGGCCUAAGAGUUGAUAUGCGUUUUGAGUUUACUAUUACGUGAAUAACUCUGUGCAUGUUUGGAUUCUGCAUAGUCUCUGGAGUGUGCAUGCAUCCAGAACACAUUUGUGUCUAUUGAAACCUUUGGGACCUGUGUUCUUGUGAAAUGGAUUUCUAUCUCAACUCUGCUGGUUCUCUAACCACAUGUGGAAUCCUUAGCUGGACUCUGUACACAUGAAAUUGUGCAUGUGAAAUGAAGUGUUCCCAGCAUGCAUUCCUUAUAGUAUCCAGAAUUGUUAAACUGCUUCACACUCUCACUAUUAAAGAGCCCCUAAAAUAGGUUUAGAGCAAAAGUGAAAAAAUAAGGUAAAAGUACAUGCAACACUUAAUACAUUACCCUCCUAAUGAGAACAUUGAAAUGACUAAAGGGUUACUCCAAUCACCAUAACCACUUCAGGGACUUGAAUUGAUCAUAGUUCCCGCAGUUUGUAUGUGCAGUGUUUAGCUAUGAAACGCUGAACAUGCAGAGUUUUUUAACCUCUUUGCUGCAGCUUCGUUACAGUGUAAUCAUGCACCCUGGAUGAAGCAGUCUGGGUUGGCUAAUGUCAAUAUUGUGCAUAUUUCUAUGCACCGAGUUGCAUUAUUUGGUGGAGAGCAGUCAGCUGACACUCUCAGCCAAGGGUACCAAAGUACUACUAGCAUCAUAAUCAGUACAGCAGGUUGUAGUUGUAUUGCUUGGAGUAACCUUUUAAUCUACAGUGGAAACAAAAGGAAAUACAUUUCAUACCCUCACCAAGCAUAAUCUGUAGCAAACUAAAUGAAAUACAAAAUUACACAAUGUGAAAAUAAACUCUUCCUGAAAAGCUGUAUUCCGUAGGACCCCUCUGAAUUCUCAGGAAAUAUACCAAAAAACCAGGGGGAGAUCCUGCAAAAGAAUAAAAAUAUCUCAUGGGAUAAUAAGCAUUUAAACUCGCUGUGCAUGCGUAUAAGUUCCCUGACGGUGGAGGCAGAGCCUGCCUAGCUGCUGAUUGACAUCGGCGCUGCAAUAAUUGUUAAAGGACCAGUAUAGGCACCCAGACCACUUCAGCUUAAUAAAGUGGUCUGGGUGCCAGGUCCAGCUAGGUUUAACCCUUUUUUCUAUAAACAUAGCAGUUUCAGAGAAACUGCUAUGUUUAUAAUAGGGUUAAUCCAGCCUCUAGUGGCUGUCUCAUUGGCGUCCAUAGGAAAGCAUUGUGAAUGCUUUCCUAUGAGACUGGCUGGCUGCGCGCGGCUCAUGCCGCGCAUGCACAUUCAGCCAAGGAGAAGGAGAGUCCCCUGCCCGGCGAUGGAGAAAGGGGUAAGUUUAACCCCUUUCUCACCCUAUAGCGCGGCGGGAGGGGGGCCCUGAGGGUGGGGGCACCCUCAGGGCACUAUAGUACCAGGAAAAUGAGUGUGUUUUCCUGGCACUAUAGUGAUCCUUUAACCCUUUCAGCACUGCAGUAUAGUUUACAUUGAAAAAGAUUUAUUCAGGAAUGCACUUAGAAACAUAUAAUAAAGUGUGGAAUCCGAGUGAAUGAGGAAGUAAAAGACCAGGUAGUGGAAGAUGAACUAUAUACGGCAAGAAACAAGAAUAACUGGUCCUUAGAAAGUCUAUGCAAGUAGAACUGAUAAUGUAGAUCUGAUACUUGUAUUCUGUUUUUACUUAUUUUGUGUCCGCUAAGCAACCAGGAAGUAACAGGACCGGUUGUCUGAUAAGGUGUAACAAGGUUAAUUUACUUUUUGUAACCUGAAAUAGAGGACGCACUUCACCCAUAAAGCACUUCUGCCACCUGAAGGGCUUUAGGGGUCUGGAGUGUGGAUUUAAGCUUGCCGAUCAGCUAAUACUCUCAGGCAGUGAGCACUGCAGGGCUUCGUUCAGGAGAGCUAAAGGAAACUCCUAAGCAUGAGCUUCCGGCUUUCCAUCUGAUGUAGUGGAGGUGAAGGCAGGCUGGACAUAGGUAAGAGAUCAAACACUUCUAAGAUGGUCUAAAGAAGGGGUAGGCAAACUUGUGAGAUGUAAACCAAAACAUCUGGAGUGUUAAAGGUUGCAUAUCUGUGGUCUAAAGCAAUAGACAGAAACACGUGCAAUAUCAUGUACAGAUUUUAAUUAUACAGGGGAUCAGGGUUUGGCAAAUCCCACCUAGCCGUGGCGACUAGGAAUUUUGUCAUGGUACCUGGGUUUUCUCAGCCUGUUCAGCCCCCGAAGCGGUCGGCCAGUUGACUCGGUGCAGGUGACUGUCCUGCUCAGAGAGAGCGUAGGCGGGCGGGCAAGGAGCUGGCAUAGAGAGAGUGAGUGCCUGCAGACGGCUCAGGGGAGCGGUGGCAGCGAGGGAGCUAUAAUCUUCCUGUUCUGCGCCCUCUAGUGAUGCUGGUAGCUGAAAUAUGUCAUCACUCUGGCCCUGGUUUCACUAAACAGUGUGUCAGGGAGCAGAGCAGGAAGAGGACAAUACCCCGACUGGACCCAAGGGAUAGGACCCACAGGUUAGGGAGGCUGGACACAUUAAAAAAAUAAUAAUAAUUUGAGUGUGUGAAAAUGUGUGUGUGUGUGUGAGUGCUGCAGUGGUGUGCUUAUGUCUGUGUGAGACACACACUCACAGUAACUGAUUUGACAGUGAGUGGCUGUUUAGGUGACUGGCCCCCCUCCAAUCACAUGCGAAAAGUGUUUUUGCUCAUCUUUUUUGAGCUGGCCCUUUUUUUAUGGCUGAGUUCAUUAGUCUUGGAGAUUUCCGCCAAUCCAGUGCUUUCCCAUAGGAAAGCAUUGGGGGCUUUUGCGCAUGUAUGGCAAAACGCCACUCUGUGCCAAUCAGCAUCUCCUCAUAGAGAUGCAUUGAAUCAAUGCACCUCUACGGGGAGCAUUAAGCGUCUCCAUUCAGAGCGUGGAAAUGUGAACGUGGGUGCUGCACACUGUGCAGCACUGACCCAGGGUGCACCUCUAGAGGCCGUCUGAGUGACUAUCACUAGGCUGCAAUGUAAACAUGGCCUUUUCUCUGAAAAGGCAGUUUCUUUACAUUGAAAAAAGUGCAGGGAAAGGCUAUAGACACCAGAACAACUACAUCAAACUAACUGCAUUUUUAGCUGGCUUCUAGAUUCCAAGCAAAAAUAUCAAGCAGGUUAUUACAUUUUACACUAGGCUUUUCUGGUACUUUUAGGUUUCUUCCAUUGUUGUUUAUAAUUGCAGUAUAAAGAGGUUGUUUUUACCCCCAUCCCAACUUAAUAGGGACAUUACUUACUAAUCGGUAGUUAUAUCCAUCCCUACUGCGACUUACUUGCAAGCACAAAAACAUAAAAGCUAAUCUCCCACGUCCCUUAUAUUAUGAAAAUCAACUAGGCCAAGACCAUUUUGAUUUAUUCAAUGUAUAUAUGCUAUCUGGAUGUUUUAGUAUGGUUUUUAGACUUCAUUCAUGUGAGUCCAGGAUGCAGCAUGUUGGCGUUUUGCCUGGCCGGGAGAGAAAAUAUAAUGAGGAUUUCAAUGCAUGAGUUGUGCUGUGCUCAACCACUCUUUUACUGCACUGCUGAGCAUUGGCAUUUCUGUAAAUAUUUAAAGCCAGAGUUAUCUUGAUGGCUGCAGGGUGCAGAUCAUCUUCAGCAGCAUUGUGUUCCACCAUUCACCUCAAUGCCCAUUCAAGUUAUAGAUGGCCUCUUUCAUUGGUUUAUAGGCUGGUAGGUAUGAAUUGGAUCAUGAACCUAUAUAUUUUACCUUGCAGAUUGUCCAGCCAAUCAUAAGGAGAGAAUACAUAGUUUUCUUCAGAGAAUGCCAGCAUUGGAGAAAAGUGUUUAAAACUAGAUAUCUGAUAUGCCAUGGCUGUAAGCAACCUCUGAGGGAUACUAGAACACACUGUUCUAUCUGGUCAAAAAAAAAAAAAAUCAGUUUACAAAAAAACUUUACUUCCAUAAACUGUUGCGACAAGUACCAGUAGUACCAGUUAUAAUCCUCUCUUAAACAGUCACCCUUACACUUACUCAUUAAUUCUAGUUUACUGCAGAUUGUUCAAUGGAAAUAGUUUGAUAUUUGCCUUUUUUAUGUUUUCAAUUGAAGAGUAAAUCGGAAAAGAGCUCAACUGGAAUAUAAAGCCACUUUGCCAAUUUGGGAAUCAGGGAGCCUCUGGACAAGAUAAUGAAAUGGCUUUUUGUAGGUCUAAUCAGGCCUCUGAUUUGCACUUGUGUGAUAAAUAUGAUAUGACAGAAUUUGAAACAAUCACCGUGAUAGUACACCUACAGAGGGCAAAAAAAAAAACCAGACAAUUGUUGAUGCAACAAUAGUUUUUUUGUGUGUAUAUAUUCUGAAAUGUCACACCAGUUUUGCACUGGGAUAUAUCUUGUGUACCAUGAGGAGUUCCUUCUGCCUGAUUAGUAUGAACUGGGAGUUGAUACUUGGAGACUGAGGAGUUUGCUUUGAUAUGGAAAGUGUGUCCUGAAAAUUGUAAUAUGUUUAAACCAUAUUUACCAGUACUAUACAAACGUGUUUCAAGAAUUGUGACGUGGUAAGGGGUAUUUUAGGGAAUGGCAACAGUGGAUUAUCCAUUUUAGGGACCGUGCACUAUCCAUGGACAUAAUAGAGUGUUAGCUGCAACAUUCAAACUACUAAAUAAAAAUGGGGGGCCAACUUGUAUACUCUUAUACAGGGCUUUCUUUUAGUAGUUUUGUUUAGGGUGAUCUAGAAUUUUUCCUUAAGAUGUGCUUUUUCCUUUUCAUUACAUUAUAUUAACAUAGUCACUUUGGGUUUUUGUACCUGGUAUCAUUUUAUUUAAUUAUGUUGUGUUAUAUCAUAGGCAACUCUUGAUACUGGCUAACACAAUCAUGCUCUGAUUUGGAUUGUCACAAUGUGCAUUAUUUUGUAGUGUGGGCCUCUUUCUUUUUCAGAUAUGUUUUUUGUUUGUUUUUUGUUAAUAAUGCUUUAAGUUUACACAUUACACAAGUAAUGAUAAACUGUUACGAUGUGAAUUGCUCACGUAGCAUGAAGGAACAGAGGAUUACAACUUGGACAGAUAACACAAUAGUUGCUGAAAACCUUUCUUAGAAUGACGAUCUUCAAUUAGCAGAAAAUCAUCUAGUUAGUGUAUUAUAUUAAGGCAACUGCGUUGUUGUAGGAUCCAAUUUAAUUGUGAAAAUUUGUCAAAAAGCCAUGCACUGCUUUUGGAGCAGGAAGUCAAUUUGUAGGCAAAAUAAUAUUUCUCUUCCAGAGAUGUGAGACAUAUCGAAAUUCCAUCCUGUGAAAUCUUGGCGUGUGCUUCUUGUUGGUAACUAGACACUUCUGCAAAGUUCGUCGUUGCUACUCGUAUUCGAGAAAAAUGCAGAAAGUACAUUUGAAUUGUACUUCAAAAGAAAACAGGCAAUACUAGAGCACUAGUCAGCAACUAAAUGUGUGCGCUCAGGAUCAUAUGUGUUAUUAUUAUUGAUAUAUAUUUUUAUAUAGCGCUUUACAAUAUCAUAAAAGGGGGGGAGAUUUAACAAUAAAUAAGACAAUUACAAAAAAACUUACAGGAAUGAUAGGUUGAAGAGGAUUACACCGUGCAUAGAUACUACUCUCCGUCUGAAAGUGCAACUGAUUCUGCUUUUUCCAGAGUAUUGACAUUAUUACUGAUGCAUAUUGUAUGUUAAAACUACUAUAUAAACCAACAACAAUGUGCUGAUGUAAUCUCAAUACCUGAUGGCAUAAAUACCAAAUACAAUAUAUAACCGAUACUACAGGCAUGAGUUAGAUCAUGAAGACAUUAAAGAUUUAAAAAGCAAGAUACAUAUUAGUAAUAUAAGCACUACGUAAGACCGAUGUGACCUGUUGAAACAGAUGCCCUAUAUUUUAUAAACUAUGUACAUGAAGUAUCAACUAAAGACAAGACAGGUUUAAAACACCUGAUAUAUAUUACAAAACAAUGGACAUGAAAUAGCACCUAAACACCUGAUAUAUUAUUAUGGAAGCUAAGGGUGUGAACCGCAGAACAGGUGACAGGCUUAACAUAUCAAAUAUAUAACAAAAAGGACGAGCAUGAAAUCGCACCUGAUGACAUGACAGGGUUUAAACACCAAAUACGAUGUAUUAAACUACGAGCAUGGGGUAGCACCUGAAGACAUGACCGGUUUAAACAAAGAUACAGUUAAUUCAAGAACUUCAAGCAUGGAGUAGCACAUAAAGAUGUGACCAUUUUCCUUUUUUUCUUUUUUUUCUUUACACACGCAUGUAUCAGCACCACUGGGUUUUCCUGGACUUUGCUGAGAUACACUCAGUGUAAAUCUCUGUGCUCUAAUUAGAUAAUAGUGGCAUAAAAAAAUGUACAUGUUAAAAUCAGAAUGGUAACAACCAAUAUAUUAAUUUGCAAAGCAUAUUGGUUGAAAACAAUCUUUCCAUGAUAAAAUAUAUCUUUCAGUCUAUUCCGAUUAGCAGUGUACAUAUAGCUAAGUACUACUAUAUGCUUUACACAAAAUUCAUACUUAACCCAUAUAUACUUACAUCAUGCCAAGCCUCACUUUAAAUGCUACAUUGCAGUAUUAGAUGAUAAAUGGCCGCAUGCGGGGAGAGGAAUGUGAUGAGCGGUAUCCUAACAAGUAUGUGAAUGCAAACAUAUACCAGUGCUUCUGAGGUGAUGUGUGCAAUUACUGUCAUGUAGGUUCAUGUCGUUUAUUACCCUACCUUUGCAAAGGGCUGUAUUGAGGGCUUUACGAAUCUGCUGAUCGUACUGGAAGCUGAACGUUUGAAGCGAGACAAAAUAGCACCUGUCCUGUAUCACAUGGAGAAACUGCUAUGUUUACAUAUGGGAGUAAUCCAGCCUCUAGUGGCUGUCUCAUUGACAGCCGCUAGAGGCGCUUCUCACUGUGAUUUUCACAGAAGAUGCCAGCGUCCAUAGGAAAGCAUUGAGAAUGCUUUCCUAUGGACUAGCUGAAUGCGCGCGCGGCUCGAGUAUGUUUUCCUGGCACUAUAGUGGUCCUUUAAUUCUGCCUCAUUAUGUGCAGAGUUUUAUCAUUAAAUGCUGCACAUACAGACUCAAGGCUCCAUAACCACUUCAUAUCACUAAAGUGGUAUUUGUGGAGUCACACUUUAAAGCUUUGGAAAAUCCCCUGAAAUGGACUAGUACAGCAACUACAUUGCAUUACAUGAUUGCCCCCCCCCCCCAGGACCCUGGGUACUCAGGAGGGCCGGCCUAGAAUCUGAGAUAAGCCAAAAAAGUGUAGAAUGAUCUCUGAGGAAACCUAAAAAAUCUUUCUAAUCCAUUUUGAGAGCUAAACUGAAUAAACUGUAUAUUGCCGUAUCCUUGCUAGACUUCUCUUGGGACAGAAAUACCGGUACUACAUUAGGACAGUGAGUGUUGGGUUUUUUCUUUAAAAUUUUUUUUCAGGGGAGGAGGAGGAGGCACAAUUGUAAUGACACCCAUGCUUGGCCCCUUUUUGACAGUGUCAUGAAGGGGAGGGGCCUAGUCAUUAUCACAAAGUCAGGAUGACCAGUUUUGGAAAUAAAAAAACCUGGACACCCAUUAGGAAAGCAUGUGAAGCAGGACGAGCCACCAAGAGAUCGGCCUGAUGAUGGAAAUAAGAUGAGUAAAAAAAACACCUUGUUAUUAACAGAGGAGGGGCAAGAUAUGUAAAUAGCGUUUUCACAAAUAUGGUGUCAGAAAUACAUGUUUGUAUUCCUGAUACUAUAGUGUUCCUUUAAGCAAAUUAAACAUUUUACAAGAACAUUUUGGUCACCAUAACAACUUCAUCUAAAUGAAAAUGCUAUGAUGCCAGGAGGCCCCUGGGCGCUCUUUCGUUUAAGGGCAUAAACCACUCUCAAAUGGUUUAACCCCAGAGGCUUCCUCCAGCUCCAGGUCGCUCAGUGGUAUUCGGCUUCAGAAACGUAGAGUCAGAAAGUGCAGAUUAACGUCAGGCAUGGGUGCCGCUGAUUGGCUAGAGUUGUCAGCUGGCGCUCUAAGCCAGGGGUGUCCAAACUUUUUUCAAAGAGGGCCAGAUUUGAUGAAGUGAACAUGUAUGAGGGCCAACCAUUCUGCCUGACAUUCUUUGAACCAUUAAAAUUGAAUGCAAAUUAACUAUUUUAUGUGACGUUUAUUGCAAAUGGCAUAUAUUUCAUUUCAUCUCUUUAUUCCGUCUCUUCUCUCUUUAUUCUGUACCUUUAAAUUCUGUCCAUUCUCUCUUUCUGUCCCAGCAGGGAGAAGGGAUCAAAUCAUGUGACAUCCAAGAGAUCGUGAGAACGCAGACUGAGAUCACUGCACGUCCGUCUGCAUUCUCGCGAUCUCUUGGCCCUGAGUGCUACUCAGGACCGCAGUGUUCAGAGAUCCCAGGGGUGCUGAGCGGCGCUUGGGCAUUUACUGGGGGCCACAACAGAUAGAUUUACCAAAUUAACUAUGUGGCCGUAUUAAACCGGAACGCGGGCCGGGCUUUGGACAUGACUACACGAAGCCAAUCUCUAGUUCCCGGUUCAUAAAAAUGUUUUACAUUUUUAUAAAUGAGGAGCUACUGGUUGGCUUAGAGUGCCAGAUGACCAUUUUAGCCAAUCAGCAGCACCCCUAUCCAGCGGCACUAUGUGCUUCCUGACACUCACUAAAUAAAAGUGAACACAUUAACACUGAUAUUUUUUUUGUGUUUUUUUUUACAUGAGAAGGCCCAAAGUUUCCCUGCCGGGCCCAGUUACCAAAGACUUAUGAUGUGGUAUCCAAAAUGAAGUGGAGGGAUCAUUUCACUUGCCCUUCCUGCUCCAAUCUCAUUUUCUUCUCCUUCAUUUGACACAGUCUUCUUUUUCUUUUGACACUGUCUUCUCUCCUCCAUGGCUUCUUUCUGCUUCUUUUGCGCCCUUCUGCUACUUUCUCUUUCUGAUCCCUUUCUGUUACAUUCGCUCCCUUCUGCUCCCUUUCUGCUCUUUGCAGACCCAGACCCUUUCUGUUGUUUGCGGACCCAGACCCUUUCUGUUGUUUGCGGACCCAGACCCUUUCUGUUGUUUGCGGACCCAGACCCUUUCUGUUGUUUGCGGAACCAGACCCUUUCUGUUGUUUGCGGAACCAGACCCUUUCCGCUGUUUGCGGAACCAGACCCUUUCCGCUCUUUGCAGACCAGACCCUUUCCGUUGUUUGCGGAACCAGACCCUUUCCGCUCUUUGCAGACCCAGACCCUUUCCGUUCUUUGCAGACCCAGACCCUUUCCAGACCCUUUCCGUUCUUUGCAGACCCAGACCCUUUCCGCUCUUUGCAGACGCAGACCCUUUCCGCUCUUUGCAGACGCAGACCCUUUCCGCUCUUUGCAGACCCAGACGACCUGUUUUGCUCUUUCUGAUUCUUUCUGCUCCUUUACCUUUGUGCUCCUUCUGCCCCUUCCUGCUCCUUGAUGUUCUUUCUCUUUUGUGCUCUUUCUGCUUUACCUUCCUGCUCCUUGCUGACCCUUCCUGUAGGCUGCCCCCAUCCCUCACUUACCUGAUCUGUAGGCUGUCCCCCCUCCACCCCUCAUUUACCUGAUCUGUAGGCUGUCCCCCCUCCACCCCUCACUUACCUGAUCUGUAGGAUGUCUCUGCAGUCUGGGAGUUGCUGGCUGCACUGCCUAUAGCUGCUCCCCCGCGGAUUCAGUCAAGAGAGAGAAGCAGGGAUAAGAUGUAGCUUCCUAUCCCUGCCUCUUUCCACACACAGCGCCUACUGGCCGGUGACAGUAUGGCAGUGUAUUCUCAAUCUCAAAAGAAAAAUACAGGCACAAGCUGAAGAAUCCAGAAAGAGAGAGGGAGGGUGGGCAAGUGCCCCCUCCUGCGGACGCCCAUGGUUUUGUGUCAUUUAUUUAUAAUAUAUUUUUACUUGUAUGCACUAUUUUUGGUUCAUAAUAAAUGUUCUUAUAUUACGUUCUGCCUUUAACUGGUACAAGAAUCACAUUCCUGAAGAGACUUAUAAUUUAUAUAGUUAUAUUAGGCAAAAAAAGUCUUAAAUCAACUAAAAGAUAUGCAGACGGAGGGGGUAUCAGACAGGAUCCUAGAUAAGGGAUAAAUCAAUGCAUAGACCCAAGAACAAAUACUAAAAAGGUAAAAUGUCAAGUAUGAAUGUAACCUGGAUACAUGUAAUACUUAUUUCCAAAGUACAAAGCAAGAUGUUAAUGUAGAGUUUAACAGAAAAUUGGUGAAUGUAUACUGUACAAAGACAAUGUUCACGCAAGAAAUAUAACGCUCCACCCCGGAACUCAUAAAUAAAGAAUUAUAAAAAAAAGUCUUAAAUCAAUUUAGUUUUUUUAGACACACUAGUAGAAAUUAUAAUCCUCAAAUACAAUGGAGAAUAAAAGGAUCUGCAAAAUAUCAAUCCUUGUUGUAGCAGGUAAUGUAUAAACCACUCUCUCCUGUGAAUGACUUGUGUGAAUGGUGAUAUCUGACAUCACUAAAUAAUUGCUGCAGAAUAAAGCAAAAUCCUAGCACUCAAAGAAAACAGUAAAAAAAAAUGUGAUGGUCUUCACUGGUCUGAUGAAGACUGUCAGGUUGCUUUAUGGCUUGUUAUGAUUUUGCCUUAAUGAUAUAUUCAUUAAAGUUGAUUGGCACGGCAGUGUUUUACCCUCUAAGUGCUGUGCUAAUUUCUUGGAGUCUUAUUUCGAAAGUAUAAGCAAAAACUGUGAAGUAAAAAAUAAAAAUAUGCAUUUUUUUGAUUUCUUUCUUUGUUCAUCUGUUGACUGCAAUAAAAAAAAACUGCUGUAUUCAAGAAGGUGUGCAUCAAUUUUAGUUUGUGUUAUGCUGGAGGAUGGGUCCUGGGUAAAAUUACAUCUCUCUCUCUCUCUCUCUCUCUCUCUCUCUCUCUCUCUCUCUCUCUCUCCUUCUCCUUUAAAAGGAACACAAUUUUUAUUAUUAUAUAUACAUUUUAUAGAUAAUUUGUGGAAGCAAGUAGCACAAGCAUGUCAAACGGGCGGCCCUCAAUGAAUAUCUUAAUGGCCGGCGAGCCACAAGUUUGACAUGCUUACUAAGACAGAGUAGGCUUCUGAUCUCCACUCUACUUUUUCCACCUGCACUGUGAAUGUCUACAUGGUGUGUUCAAUAAAAACAUGGCAACAUUUCAUUCUUUGUGUGUUAUUAGUUUAAGCAGACUGUGAUUGUCUAUUGUUGUGACUUAGAUGAUGAUGAUCAGAUCACAUUUUAUGACCAAUUUGUGCAGAAAUCCAUAUCAUUCCAAAGGGUUCACAUACUUAUUCUUGCAACUGUACUACAGUCUCUAUCAGCAGACACACUACUGGUUCUUUUUUUUUUCUCUCUCUCUCUCUCUCUCUCUCUCACACAAUUCCUUCCAAACAUGCAUGUGCUACAAGCAGCAUCCUUGCACACACAACACCAACCCCCCACAUAUGCACACUCUCAACCCUCUUUUGUCCUCUGGUGGGGACAUCAGUGACAAGUCACCAGAAAAUGUAAGAACAAGUGUAUCAUUAUGUUUGCUUGCACUGCAUAAAGGAAAACUAUAGCAUUAGGAACACAAAAAACAAGCUUUCCAAUGUAGGACUUGGCCAAGAGCAAUCAGCUGAUGGUAAUGGUUAAAAUAUAAUAUAGUGAGUCUGGAUAUCUCUUUUACUUUUCAUCAAAAUAUGGUAUUUAAACUGCAUCUCCCUACUGAUCCUACAGAAAGAACUAUGUUCUUUACACACAUACUUUUGUUUUGCUAUUCCUGUACUUUACUUGGUGAAUUGAAUCCAUCCUGAGGUUAGUGGCAAUUUUAAACAAAAAUGAUUUCAUAUAUUUAGGUUAAGGGUUAUUCAAACCACCAUGACCACUUAUGCUGGUAGGAGCCAAAAUGUACAGUGUUUCAGCUUGAAACCCCCUGUUCACGUGACUUAGGCAGCCCAGAAUUUUGCUCCCUACUGCCUAAUGUGAAUUCUAAUUGAUGUCUGUAGUCAGAGCAUGCUGCCAACAGACUGCAAUGGGAAACUUGCGUCUGCCUUCCCAUACUCAAUCCUCCCUGCCUCCCAUCCGCUGAAAUAUAUUUUUUUAAUUCCUCCCUCCAUUUCCCCCUCACUUUGCGUGCUCUGAGCAUGCACAAGCGUUCUGAGCCACUUAAAUCCUCCAGUCAAAGGCUUUAUUAUGAGAAGCCUUUGAUUGGACCAUGGUGUGCAGCUCCAGUCACAUCAGGCGGGGGAGCGACGAAGAGCACCGUGAGCUUCCCCCCCUGCGCUAGAUAAAGAAAGGUGAGUAAAUCUGGUUUAAAAAUGCCCUUUGAGUGUUUUUGUAGGGGGGCACAAAAAAUCUGAGAAAUCUCAUAAUGUUUACCUGUGAAUCUAGGGCUUUUUCAAUCUUUAGCAAUCCUUGCUAAGCAAACUUAAUGGACACUAUAAUAUAAUUUUUUUUAUUGUGUUGCCAACUAUGCUUAUCAAAAUGGGAUGUCUGUGUCUGUUAUGUAGAUUAGAUCUAACAUUUUAAAUUUUCUUUUCAGAAAGAAAACCUACGUCAUUCAGUGUGCAAUAG